UUCUCAGUAUGGUUUAGGCGGUUGUCAUACUUGGGGAUUUUGCGUUGGGCUUUUGGCAGGAGGCUGGAAAACGUUAUUUUGAAUGUAUGAAAGCCGAACAUGGCCGGGAUACGGAGAAAAAACGGAAAAUAUCAAUGCAUGAGCUCUGCCGUCGGGUGCUCCCGCUUGCGGCAGGUGCAGUCUCUGCUCAGCGACGGCGGGAAAGGAACCCCAGACGCCAUUCUGUGCACCCUAGGCAUUGACAGCAGGUACAAUGAGGGCUGCAGUGAGCUGGCCAACUUCCUGUUCUUCGGGCUGUACAGCCAGAGCCAGCUGCAGCUGGACCGCUUCUGUGAGGAGUUCCCUGAGGAGGUGCUGGACGACGUGAUCCUGCUCAUCACAGCGGAGAGCGUGCACCUGUACUGCAACCCGGUCAACUACGGCUCCCUCCUGCCCUACGUGUCCCACUGGAGGAACCUGCGCCUGCACUGCAUGACCGAGACCGAGUAUGAAGAUGAAGAGGCAGCUGAGGAAUUCAAGAUCUCCAGCUUCGUCAACAUGGUGCAGGACUGCAGCCGCAUUGGAGUGCCGUACAGCUCCCAGGGGCACGUGCAGAAGUUUGACAUGUUCAUGGUGGAGAAGUGGCCCAUCAUCCAGGCCUUCGCCCUGGAGGGGAUCGGAGGUGGGGGGUUCUUCACGAUGAAGCACAAGCUGAUUGACAUGAGCGAGAAGCUGUGGAAGAUCUACAGCAGAAUGGAUCCCGUCUCCCUGGAGAUACUGCUGACUGAGGACCUGCAGGCAUUUGAGAAGCAGUGGGCCAGCUUCUUCUCCAGCAUGGACAUGGAGAGCCACUCGUCCGUCCUGGAGCUGUCCGAGGCACAGGCCGGGGAGCCAUUCCGAAGCUAUUUCUCCCACGGCCUCAUCUCCAGCCACAUCACUGACAAAAGUAAGAGCCGGCAGCCGUUCCUGCUUUUCGGGAGCCACUCCUCCAGAGAGGACAUGCAGAGCUACUGCUUCACCUUCCCCUCCGAGGGGCACCAGAUCCGAAACACGGGGGCGCAGGGGACCCCCGCCAAGCACAUGCUCAUCCAGUGCGUGGGACCCAAGGGCCCGCUGGCUUGCUCUCGGACCUAUUUCUUCGGAACCACCCACAUCCCCUACCUGGGGAAAGACAAUGAGCAACACAAGAAGACGGAACUGAUGCUGCUGUCUCAGCUGUAUGAAGCCGCGGUCGAGGCGGUUUUGGCGGGCAUGAAGUGCUACUCCUGCACCAGCAGCGCUGCCAAGGCUAAAGACGUAGCUGAGCGGACCUUCCAGAUGUCUUUGGACAUUUUCAACCUGCCCGAGUACAAGAAUGUUCUCAGAUCCAAAGCCGUGUUUGACAUCCAGGCUGUGAAUAAUGAAGGAAGAAUCGUCCCCCUGGACAACGAGGAGAGCAGAUUCCUGGUGAAAACAGCCUCCAUGACGGUUCACGACAUUCCAGACCUGCAGUUCGGCCGAGGGGACCUGGGAUCUGUAGUCUUCUCCGAGUCCUUCCUGGAGUCGACCGUCUACAUUCAGGAACCAGACGGCGGCGUUUCCUCGGACAGCUGCUUCACCGUCCUGACGGCCGGCGUCCCGCGCUACGUCUCCUGGCUGGUUGAGGAGUCGGAUGUGAGACUCUCAAAGCAAGCUCAACGCCUGCUGAAGGAGGAAGAGGGCUCUUGUUUGGGGACUCCUCUCUCUGUGGGAGAGACCGCUGUGGUCUUCUCCAGCAGCCUGCUCUGUGCCCCCGAGGAAGGUAAAAUCAGUUUCUUUUCGGAGGGGAUCCUGUUUGUGCACCCCCGCUACGGGAGCGUCACCCUGUCCAAGAACCUCAUCAGCGCUCUCAAGUUCUACGACGGGGACUCCUCCAGCUCUGCUACAUCUCUGUUUGUGGAGUACAAGGGCACCCUGCUCCCCCACCUGCCCUUCCAGCUCCACAGCGCCUCCCACUGUUUGGCCUUUGCCCUGCAACCCAAGUCCAAGAGCUACAGGGCCUUUUACUCACAGGUGCUGGCAGUGUGGCAGCAGAACUCUGAUGCAGGACUGCUUCUGCAGCUGGUGGGCAGUGAACAGCUCUCACUGGAGCAGAGAAGCAUGCUCUCCCGAUUGGACAGGCUGUACGAGAGCCACGCCCUCCCAGCGUCUGAGCGCAGGGGCAACCUGAAGGCUGUGUGUGCUGAACUGCCCGAGCUCGACAUCUUCCUGCAGCACCUGGCCCUGAGCACUGUGGGCCAGGAGAGCCUGCAGAGCGUGCACCUGGAGGACCUGUUCCCCAAACGAGAGCCCACAGCACCGCCGCGCGCCCCAGCCGACAAGAUUGUAAUCAACAUCAUCACUGGCCUGCCUGGGAGCCACAAGGACAGCCUGUGCAACUACCUGGUCAGCCUCAACAAGGAGUACGGCAGGUGGGCAGUGUACCGCCCCGCCCUGGACAGCUGCGACUCCUUCAGCAGGGCUCACCUGCAGCGGUACCUGAGCUCCCUGCUGGAGAGCCAGAGGAGCCGCGGAACCCGCCACUGCGCCCUCACCCGCCGCGGGCUCCGGCUGCUGCUGCUCACCCCGGGGUACACAGACGUGCUGGACGUGGUGCAGGCAGUGCUCACCCACCCAGACCCCAGGGCCCAGACCGCCUUCAGCCUGGGGGCCGUUACUGCCUGUGUGGACCCCCUCAGCUCCUACAUGGAGCACAGGUUCCUUUUUCCGAAGCUCCUGGAACAGUGCAGCCAGGGCAUGGUGAGCUGCGUGGCGUUCACCGGUCUGUCCGGCGACCAGCGGCACCCCCUCCUGCACCAGCUCCAGCAGCUGAUCCGAGCAGCCAAUCCCAGCGCGGCGUUCAUCCUCGCAGAGAAAGGCGCGGUGACCAGGAAUGAGGAUGUGGAGCUGAUCUUAUCUGAGAGGAGCUUCUCAGAGUCGCAGAUGCUGAGAGCUCGUUACCUGCUGUACCCAGGCUGGUUCGAGGGGAAGUUCCGCACCAGCGCCUCGUCUCCGCCCAUCUCCCAGGAGCGCGUGCAGUUCGGCCGGCCGCUGGAGAAGCCGCUGUUCCUGGCGCGAUGCAAAGCGUUAAAAUCCUCGCUGAGACCGAACCCGUUCACCGGGAACGUCUACAACGUCUGGGGCCGAGUCCUUUUCUCUGACUCGGAGCAGUUGAUGGAGGUGAGCUACAACGUGGUCAGCGGGACUCUGGGCGUGGUCCCUGUGCAGGACGGCCCGAGCCCCCCUCCCCAGGGCGUGGAGCCCCGCCCCCGCGCCCCCGAAUGCUUCCUGCUGUUCGACGGAGUGGGCCUCACCCAGGACAGCCUGAAGAACUGGCUGCGGCAGUGCGCAAAGCAGAAAACCGCGAAGAGACCAAGGAAAACACAUGAGGUGCUGACCCUGCAGGAGAUCAAGAACAUUCAUGUGAAGCGACACUUGGACCCCCUUCCGGCGGGUUACUUCUACAACGGGCACCAGUUCGUCAACUUCUUUGGAGAGAAAAUGAACUUCCAUCCAUUGAUGGAGCAGUUCAUAGACGAGUACGUGGAAGAAGCCAACAAGGAGGUUGAGCGCUUCAACCGCGAGCUGGAGCUACAGGGACAGCCCGACCUGUUUGACCCCUAGAGGCUCCGCCCACUCCGCAGGUCAUCCCAUCGUUUGUCUGUGAGGGAUUCCAGGGAGGGGGGUGGGGGAGGGUGGGGACAAGGGUGGGGGCGGGUUGUGAGGGUCCAUACCACAACGUCAUGCCAUCCACAGAAACUGGGGUCUCCCAUUUUCCGGCGAGGGGGAGCGCUACAAGGCCACGCAGUCACGCAAGAGUCCCUGACCUAGACCUGAAUCUGAACCUGAACCCGUCCGCCACCGCAGAGAGCCAGGGCCACAGGCCUGAGCCGGGUCCUGACAAGCCUUUUUUAUGUGAAUAGUGUAAAUGAAGUUCCUCUCCA